UUUCGGCACACUCACAUGUCAAAGGUUAAACAAUGUGUAUCAGAAUUAUGUAAACAUUCUAAAUCGAGAAAUUAAGAGUUUACACGUUUAGGAGUUUAUGUUGACAUUGACACAUUGUCUAGAAUCUGUAGUUUAUCUGUAUAAUAAUAAUUUCACGAAAUGUCGGUUAUUGACAUCGCCCCAUUGCUCUUGCCUUUAGAAACAACAGAUACUUUUAACAAAUAUUUUGGAUUUCUUAACAUUUUGGGCCACUACUACAAAUUUAAUAUCCAGGUACCUAAGGAAGAGUCAAAACUCCAAGGUGGAAUGAAGUUAGAGUGUGAAUGGGCUUUGCAUCACAGACUGGGCAAUCAUGUUAAAAUACUGAUAAAACAGCGACUGAAUAAUGCUAACAGCUUGGCAUUUUUCCUUAAAGACUUUGUUUUCAUUGUUGAAAACAGUCUAAAAGAUUCUUUUGUUGAACCAGAGUUAUGUUCUGUUGUCAGCCUUCAAAUUCUAGAACAAAUUCAGGAGCUUGGCUGGAACAGGUUGCUUGACCUAGACCAAACUCUGUCUUUGAUUGAAUUAGCACAUAAAGAUGAUUCUGGAAGGAUGCAUAAGCUCAAAAUAUUUUUAAAUAAACAGGACAUGACUAUCCGUCCCAUCUGUCAGACACAACUUCCUGAAGCAUUUAACUUUAUUUGGUCUGGAAAGACAAGACUAAGUCAUAUCUUCCAAGAGUUUGAGGUAGCAGUGAACUUGUACCAGAACUUUUGGAAUAUGUUGAAAGAAAUUGAUGACAACUGCUGUGUACUCGAACCUGAGAAGCCAACAUUUGCCUCUACUAAUAGACGCAUUGCCAUCAAAUCCAACUUGUCACUUCACAUCGUUGUCAACUGUCGACAGCCAACAACAUUCCCUGAGUGUAAAUUUGUUGGAAAUCCUCCUGAAACAUCAGAAUUUAGAGAAACUUUGAAUCUAAAUCUACACAGAUGGGAUGUGGAGAGAUCUCUUUAUAAAAACUUACAGGAAGUACUUGAUAUUGAUUUUCCGUCUCCCACAGAUGUUAGUAUACAGGUUGUGAAAGCUGACUGUGGUAUAUGCUACUGCCAUAAUCAGAAUGAGGAGGUACCAGACAUUGUUUGUGAAGACCAGAGAUGCUCUCAUGCAUUUCAUCAGUCAUGUUUAUAUGAGAUAAUGGUGAUAAUGCAAAUUCAUCUGACAGUGACUAUGAGAAUGGAAUUAGAUCUAGACCUAGAUCUAGUGAAAGCAGUGACAAUGAAAAAGAAACAGCAGGGGCAGCACCCACUUCUUUUUUAUCAUGUUUCCCAGUUGCUGUCUUACAUAGCAAAAGCAAAGAAAGAAAACUGUAUGAUAAUAAUGUUUCUAAAUAAUAGAUCUAUCUCUGACUGGAUUAUGGUAGAAGAUGGUUUUGAAAUCAAAAACUAUUUUACUUUUGUACCAAAGAAUGAGCCUGGCCUAAAUGAAGAUUAUCUAUCCCAGUCAUCUUCUGUUCUUGAUUGCUUCUCUGACUGUACUGACAUGGUCUACAUGUAGCCUACCAUCAUGGAUAUUGUGAUAUAUGCUCUGAAGAAAGUGAAACAAAACACCCCAUUGAGAAGAAGAUCAAGAUUUCACCUGUUAUAAAAUAUGAAAUGCUUACAUUUUUAGCUACCACCUUGGCUAUGGGCUUGAACAAAAAAUCAAACAUUCAAGACUAUUUUUCAACAGAUGAUAUUUUUCAUACUCCCUUUUACUCUGGAAAUGUUUGAGAGGGAUAGGUUUUUAUCAUUGACAUUCUGUUCAAUGCUACAUUGGUGGGAACCAGAUGCUGAAGGAAAAAACAAGAUUGAGCCAUUUAUCAAUCUCUUGAUUGAAAAUUAGUGGGCUUAAAUGUCAGAUGGCUGUACAAGCAAUUUAACCCAUCAAAACUGUACAAAUAUCACAUCAAAAGCUUUGGGCUUGUUGAUAGUUGUACAGGUUAUGUGCUCAAUCUUCUGACAUACUACGAAAAAAACACCUCAUUUGAUCCUGACAGUUACACGGACGGAGGGCAGGCUGUUUAGAUUUUCAAGACUUUGCUUGGCAUCAUUGGCAGAGAAUACCAUGAUUUGCUGAUCUGUUCUACACAACUAGAAAAUUUGUGGACUAUGUAUUAUCAGAACAAUAUUACACAGGAACAGCGCAGACUACUCAUAAAGGCCUUCCUGAUGAAAUAAGAAAGCUAACCAUGAGACACGAGGAGUCCAGAUAUUGGGCCAUGACAGAAGAAAAACUAAUGGUUGUAAGCUGGCAAGACAAAAAAAGUCUGUUACUAUUGGGAAGAGCCAAAAACAGAGAAAUUAAAAAUAAAACGAAUCCUGCUGUAGUGGAUACAUACAACAAGUACAUUUUGGUUGCAAACUAGUUGAUCUGAAAAUUGGCUACUUAGGAUUACAGAAUAGAAAAAGUAUCAAGUGGUGGAAAAAAUUGGUUUUACUGGAUACUUGAAAUAACAAUUUCAAAUGCCAGUGUUAUCUAUUUGUUGUGCAAAAAUGGAGAAAAAGAGAAAUGAUGAGUUUGAAAAAUUAUUUAAUUCAACUUGUCCAUGUGCUAUUUGUAUGAAAGAAGUUGCUGCAAUGCCCCCAGAAGACAGAAGAAAGAAAAAAGAAUGAAGACCAAUGAAAAAUCCUAAGGCUGGCAGGCAUACAGAUAAAGAAAAUCAGUGUAAAGUUUGUAGCACACCCUAAAAACCAGCGCACAAUCAUUUCAUAUAUAGUGAUUGUCCUGAUAGACCUCAUCUGCAUCCAAAAGAUACUUCGAAAAACCGGCCACACAGAUUCAUUUUUAAAAUGCUGAUGAAAUAACUGCAAAUAUUUGAAUAGUGUAUAUAGUGACAUUGAUUUGAAAAUUGGUUUUGUGAUUUGUGUAAAUAUUGUGUCUAUAGAGUUUUUUUGUCAUUUUUGUGGACAUUAAAAAAAAAACUGGAAAAAAAAACUAAAUCAUGUGCAAAUAUUACAUUUUUUAUAUUUUUAUGUGACAAAUAUGUGUGGUUUAGUGCAUAAUGUUUUAUUGUGAAUCAACCUUAUCAGUAAGUAAUUAAUAGAAAAGUUAGUUUGUUUAGAAAAGUUAUAGUACUUUUUGUAGCACCACCCUGUUUCUCAUCUUGGCUCUUCCUGAAAAAAACUCAUCGCCAGAGAGUUAUCAUGCCUAUCAAGUUUGUAUAGGGAGAUAAAUCGGAAAUCUAACCUCUCCACAUACAAAGUAUAAAAAAGUAAUGCAAAAGGAAAUUAUUACUUGAAGAUAAAAUUUCAGAGUUUCUAUUUUAAAAUUCUUCAUUCCUGCCUGGCUAAGUACUGCAGAAUUAAUAAUCUAAUGCUUUAUACUCAUUUUUAUUCCUUGCUAUUCAAAAUGUGUUUAGUUAUGCUCCUUUGCUUUACUAUUUUGGUCUCCUGUCUAAUGCUAAUGAUCUGUUAAUUAAACCUCAUUAAGACAUGUAGUUUUCAGAUCUAAAAUUGUUUAUGAAGAAGACAGGAUAGAUCAAUAGAGUCCUGGGUGUGUUAAAUCAUGUAACAGAGGUGACAGAAAUUUCAUUCAGCCCAUACCUAUCUAGUUAGAGAAAAGGCCUCAGGGGGCUUUGUCUUGGACACUUUCCAAAAUGGUUUAGGGGUAAUGUUUGUAUCGAUAAGCUAAAAAGUAUUGUUUUAUUUUUGUUUCUAUAACAAUAUUUUCU